AUGGAGAUAGGGAUGGAGGAGGAAUGGAUAGAAGGGAGGCUGAAGAGAGGUCUGCGCCCCCUCCGGCCACGCCAUGGGGCCCUGGCUGCUGCUGUCGCUGCGGCUGCUGGUGCAGGGGCCUCCCCCCGCCGGGCCCCCGCCAACGCCACCAUCUUCUCCCACAUCUACAGCGUCCGCCGGGGGGCGGGUGAGGGGCCCGAGUCCCCGCAGGAGGCACUGGCCCCCCCCAGCCAGCUGCAGCCCCCCCGGCUCUACGAGCACACGCUGGAGGGGGACGAGCAGGUGGUCUUCACCCACCGCAUCAACCUGCCCCGGCCUGCGACUGCGAGGGGGCGCGGGCCCUGCGGGAGGCGCUGGCCCGGCUGGGCGCUGGAGGCCCAGGUCCAGGCGCUGCGGGAGCAGCCAGACGGACACCCAGAGCCUCUGCGGCGGCACGCCGGCGAGGACUGCACCAUAGAGAUCCCGGCCGUGACACUGCGCGUGGGGCGCCGGGACGAGGGCUCCUUCCGCCUGCAAUGGACUCGCCCCAAGAUCCACGUGGAUGGAUAUGAAAUUCACCUCGUUCCCACGGGUGACCCCGAGGGGGCCGUGUCCCUGCAGCUGCCCGGCUCGGCCACGUCCUUCGAGCGCUCGGGGCUGGGCCCUGGCCAGGAGUUCAGCGUCACCGUCCGGGCCCAGCGAGCCCAGCGCCUCGGGCCCCCCGCCACCCAGAGCGUCCGCACCCGGAUCGACGCUCCCCGUGACCUGCGCCCCACGGGGGCCACGGCCACCUCGCUGAGCCUGCGCUGGGAGCCCCCGGCCGCCCAGCCCGACGGAUACACCCUGCACUACCGCCCGGUGGGGCGGGACAGCACCGAGCCCCCCACCCGCCUGACCCUGCCCCCCAACCGCACCACCCUCACCCUGACCGGCCUCCGCAGCACCACCCAGUACACCCUCACCCUGACCGCCCACCGCGGCCCAGAGCAGAGCCCUCCCGCCAGCACCAGCGCCACCACCGCUCCAGAGGCAUCUGGCACCGAGCCCCCCGCCACGCCCAGCCUCUCCCGCCCUGGGCCACCCCCAGGGGACCUGGCCGUGACAGACGUCUCCCCCGACCGGUUCCGCGUCACCUGGACGGCCACGACUGGCACCUUCCAGCACUUCCUGCUGCAGUACCGGGAGCCCGGCUCCCGGGCGCCUCCCGGGCAGACCCAGGUGCCUGGGGGGAAGAGGAGCGUGAUCGUUGCCCAGCUGAGCCCCAGCACCGAAUACGAGGUGGAGCUGCGAGGGGUGGCACCUGAUGGGACCAUCUCAGAGCCCAUCACCACCGGCGUGUGGACAGCACCCCCUGGCGGGGGCCCCGGGCCAGGCGACCUGGGGGCCCUGGGGGUCAGGAACGUGACCAGCGAUGGCUUUGGGCUGCAGUGGAGGGCGCGGCAGGGCCUGUUCCAGUCCUUCCUGCUGCGCUACGAGGAUGCGGCCGGGCGCACGGGGCCCCGGGAGGCCGAGGUGCCGGCGGACCAGCGGGCGACCCGCCUUGGGGGGCUGCGGCCUGGCACCGAGUACAACGUCACGCUGUACGGGGUGCACCGCGGCCAGCUCUCACCCCCCCUCAGAGCCAGAGUCCGGACAGCGCCAGCAGAACCCGGCACCCAGCCCAGCCUGGGAGAGCUCUCGGCCUCCGACGUCACCCACGACUCCAUCCUGCUCUCCUGGACCGUCCAGGACGGGGACUUCGACUCCUUCCUCCUCCAGUACAAGGACGCGGAGGGCAAACCCCAGGCCCUGCCCGUGGACGGGGGAUCCCACACGGUCACCGUCACCAACCUGGCCCCCUCCCGCAGAUACAAGUUCAACCUCUACGGCAUCUCCGGCCGCAAGCGCCUCGGCCCCGUCUCCACCGACGCCGUCACAGCCAAGGAGCCGCGGGAGCCGGAACUCACCUUCCAGCCCAGCCUGGGGGAGCUCUCGGCCUCUGACGUCACCCACGACUCCGUCCUGCUCUCCUGGACCAUCCAGACCGGGGACUUCGACUCCUUCCUCCUGCAGUACAAGAACGCGGAGGGCAAACCCCAGGCGCUGCCCGUGGAUGGGGGAUCCCGUACGGUCACUGUAACGAACCUGGCACCUUCCCACAGAUACAAGUUCAACCUCUACGGCAUCUCCGGCCGCAAGCGCCUCGGCCCCGUCUCCACCGACGCCGUGACAGGGCCGCCGAAGGAGGUACCCACCACCCAGCCCAGCCUGGGGGAGCUCUCGGCCUCCGACGUCACCCACGACUCCACCCUGCUCUCCUGGACUGUCCAGGCUGGGGACUUCGACUCCUUCCUCCUCCAGUACAAGGACGCGGAGGGCAAACCCCAGGUGCUGCCCAUGGACGGGGGAUCCCGCACGUUCACCGUCACCAACCUGGCCCCCUCCCGCAGAUACAAGUUCAACCUCUACGGCGUCUCCGGCAGCAAGCACCUUGGCCCCGUCUCCACCGACGCCGUUACAGCCACAGUGCGGCAGGAGGAAGAACCCACCGCCGAGCCCAGCCUGGGGGGGCUCUCGGCCUCCGACAUCACCCACGACUCCAUCCUGCUCUCCUGGACCGUCCAGGCUGGGGACUUCGACUCCUUCCUCCUCCAGUACAAGGAUGCGGAGGGCAAACCCCAGGCGCUGCCCGUGGAUGGGGGAUCCCGCACGGUCACCGUCACCAACCUGGCCCCCUCCCACAGAUACAACUUCAAAUUCUAUGGUGUCUCCGGCCGCAAGCGCCUUGGGCCUAUCUCCACUAACGCUGUCACAGCCGCGGCACCGACGGAGGAGGUACCCACGGCCCAGCCCAGCCUGGGGGAGCUCUCAGCCUCUGACAUCACCCACGACUCCAUCCUGCUCUCCUGGACCGUCCAGGCCGAGGACUUCGACUCCUUCCUCCUCCAGUACAAGGAUGCGCAGGGCAAACCCCAGGCCCUGCCCGUGGACGGGGGAUCCCGUACGGUCACCAUCACCAACCUGGCCCCCUCCCGCAGAUACAAGUUCAACCUCUACGGCAUCUCUGGCCGCAAGCGCCUCGGCCCCAUCUCCACCGACACCGUCACAGCACCGCAGAAGGAGGUACUCACGGCCCAGCCCAGCCUGGGGGAGCUCUCGGCCUCUGACGUCACCCACAACUCCAUCCUGCUCUCCUGGACCGUCCAGGCCGGGGACUUCGACUCCUUCCUCCUCCAGUACAAGGACGCACAGGGCAAACCCCAGGUGCUGCCCGUGGAAGGGGGAUCCCGCACGGUCACCAUAACCAACCUGGCCCCCUCCCGCAGAUACAAGUUCAGCCUCUACGGUAUCUCCGGCCGCAAGCGCCUUGGCCCCGUCUCCACCGACGCCGUCACAGCCGCGGUGCCGGACGGGGAGCAGGAACUCACCUUCCAGCCCAGCCUGGGGGAGCUCUCGGCCUCUGAUGUCACCCACGACUCCGUCCUGCUCUCCUGGACCAUCCAGGCUGGGGACUUCGACUCCUUCCUGCUCCAGUACAAGGACGCGGAGGGCAAACCCCAGGCACUGCCCGUGGACGGGGGAUCCCGCACGGUCACCGUCACCAACCUGGCCCCCUCCCGCAGAUACAAGUUCAACCUCUACGGCAUCUCUGGCCGCAAGCGCCUCGGCCCCGUCUCCACCGACACCGUCACAGCCGUGGCACCGCGGGAUGAGGCAGUUGGGACGCAGCUCCGCCUGGGGGAGCUCUCAGCGGCCAACGCAGCCCACGACUCCAUCGACCUCUCCUGGACUGUGGAGGAGGGGACAUUCGACUCCUUCAUCCUCCAGUACCGGGACGCAGAGGGCAACCCCCAGGCGCUGCCCGUGGACGGUGCCCUGCGCUCCCUCCACCUCCAUGACCUGGCCCCCUCCCGCAGAUACAAGUUCAACCUCUACGGCGUCUCCGGCCGCAAGCGCCUCGGCCCCGUCUCCACUGACGCCGUCACAGCCGCGGCACCGACGGAGGCGGUACCCACCGCCCAGCCCAGCCUGGGGGAGCUCUCAGCCUCCGACGUCACCCACAACUCCAUCCUUCUCUCCUGGAGCAUCCAGGCUGGGGACUUCGACUCCUUCCUCCUCCAGUACAAGGAUGCGGAGGGCAAACCCCAGGUGCUGCCCGUGGAUGGGGGAUCCCGCACGGUCACCGUCACCAACCUGGCCCCCUCCCGCAGAUACAAGUUCAACCUCUACGGCAUCUCCGGCCGCAAGCGCCUCGGCCCCGUCUCCACCGACACCGUCACAGCCACGGCACCGACGGAGGAGGUACCCACGGCCCAGCCCAGCCUGGGGGAGCUCUCGGCCUCCGACGUCACCCACAACUCCAUCCUGCUCUCCUGGACCAUCCAGGCUGGGGACUUCGACUCCUUCCUCCUCCAGUACAAGGACGCGCAGGGAAAACCCCAGGCGCUGCCCGUGGACGGGGGAUCCCACACGGUCACCGUCACCAACCUGGCCCCCUCCCGCAGAUACAAGUUCAACCUCUACGGCAUCUCUGGACGCAAGCGCCUUGGCCCCGUCUCCACUGACACCGUCACAGGUCAGCGACUGCUCCCCCGCGCACCGAUGGAGGAGGUACCCACGGCCCAGCCCAGCCUGGGGGAGCUCUCGGCCUCCGACGUCACCCACGACUCCAUCCUGCUCUCCUGGAGCAUCCAGGCCGGGGACUUCGACUCCUUCCUCCUCGAGUACAAGGACGCACAGGGCAAAUCCCAGGCCCUGCCCGUGGACGGGGGAUCCCGCACGGUCACCAUAACCAACCUGGCCCCCUCCCGCAGAUACAAGUUCAACCUCUACGGCAUCUCCAGCCGUAAGCGCCUCGGCCCCGUCUCCACCGACACCGUCACAGCCGCGGCACCGAUGGAGGAGGUACCCACGGCCCAGCCCAGCCUGGGGGAGCUCUCGGCCUCCGACGUCACCCACGACUCCAUCCUGCUCUCCUGGAGCAUCCAGGCCGGGGACUUCGACUCCUUCCUCCUCGAGUACAAGGACGCACAGGGCAAAUCCCAGGCCCUGCCCGUGGACGGGGGAUCCCGCACGGUCACCAUAACCAACCUGGCCCCCUCCCGCAGAUACAAGUUCAACCUCUACGGCAUCUCCAGCCGUAAGCGCCUCGGCCCCGUCUCCACCGACACCGUCACAGCCGCGGCACCGACGGAGGCGGUACCCACGGCCCGGCCCAGCCUGGGGGAGCUCUCGGCCUCCGACGUCACCCACGACUCCAUCCUUCUCUCCUGGACCAUCCAGGCCGGGGACUUCGACUCCUUCCUCCUCCAGUACAAGGAUGCGCAGGGCAAACCCCAGGCCCUGCCCGUGGACGGGGGAUCCCGCACGGUCACCAUAACCAACCUGGCCCCCUCCCGCAGAUACAAGUUCCACCUCUACGGCAUCUCCGGCCGUAAGCGCCUCGGCCCCGUCUCCACCGACACCGUCACAGCCGCGGCACCGACGGAGGCAGUACCCACGGCCCAGCCCAGCCUGGGGGAGUUCUCGGCCUCCGAUGUCACCCAUGACUCCAUCCUGCUCUCCUGGACCAUCCAGGCCGGGGACUUCGACUCCUUCCUCCUCCAGUACAAGGACGCACAGGGCAAACCCCAGGCGCUGCCCGUGGAAGGGGGAUCCCGCACGGUCACCAUAACCAACCUGGCCCCCUCCCGCAGAUACAAGUUCAACCUCUACGGCAUCUCCGGCCGCAAGCGCCUCGGCCCCAUCUCCACCGACACCAUCACAGGUCACUGGCUGCUCCCGUGA